UGAAGCUUUGGAAAGUGCGGGUUAGCGUGGACCAUUUUUCUUUUUUCUGCCGCUGCUUUCCCUCAAUAAAAGUGCGAGACUAGAACGAUUAUCAGUCGAUAAAGUAGGAAGCUACAAUUCUUGUCUACAUUUUUCUACAUUUUUCUACAUUUUCCACGACUUCCGCGAGCUUUUUGAACUUCCCAAACUCGCAAUUGGCAUCUACAAUCUUGUAACACAAACUCUAUCGUUAGCCCAAUAUGAAGCGCAAAGCUCAGUCACAGGCCGAAAGCCACAAACCGCACAAGAAAAAGUCCAAGACCUCAUUGGGUGAUGAGGAUGCCAAAAAGAGGUUCAGGAAAGGACUCUUUGACAAAGAUGUCCUGGACAAAUAUACAAAAGGCUAUGCUAAAUCCACGCCUUACAAGCAUAGCGUCAUCCACGAAUUAAUCGACGACACCUUACUACGAGCCGUCCGCGAGGAGAUCAAGGACAAUGUAUCCUUUACGCCCAAGGAGACUGACAUCUACAAGAUCCACCAAUCCGGCGACCUCGCAAAUCUCGACGGCUUGGACGACGAGGCUUUAGCAAAGCUGCCGUCAUUACUUGCUCUAAGAGAUGCAAUGUACUCGCAAGCGUUCCGAGAUUAUGUUGCCCACAUUACUGGAUGUGGCCCCUUGAGUGGCAGGAAGACGGACAUGGCUAUUAACGUGUAUACUCCGGGUUGCUAUCUCUUGUGCCAUGACGACGUUAUCGGGAGCCGCAAAGUCAGCUACAUCCUUUACCUAACCGACCCCGACAUCCCUUGGAAGGCUGAAUGGGGCGGCGCGCUAAGGCUAUUUCCCGUACGUACGAUUAAAGGCAAGGAUGGUGAAGUUGCGAAGACACCUGCGCCAGAUGUUUCUAAAAUAAUACCACCUGCAUGGAACCAGCUGAGUUUCUUUGCUGUCCAACCCGGCGAGAGUUUUCAUGACGUUGAGGAAGUAUACCAUUCUGAAAGCAAGAAGCAACUAGAAAAGGAGGGGGGUAGAGUCCGUAUGGCCAUCAGCGGCUGGUUCCACAUACCCCAGAUCGGAGAGGAUGGAUAUGUCGAAGGCGCUGAGGAGAAACUGGCCAAGAAUAGUGGCUUGAUGCAAUUACAAGGGAAUCCAGACCAGUACGACUUGCCUCAAGCGAAACCGGUCAAAGUCGAGCAACCACAAUCGAGUUCACAAGAGGAGUUCGACGAAGCCGACCUCGAAUUUCUACUCAAGUACAUGGCCCCGACCUACCUCACCCCCGAUACCCUCGACCAAGUUGCCGAGCAAUUCGACGAAUUAUCCACAAUCACUCUACCCAAUCUCCUGGGCAAAAAAUUCGCUCAGAAGCUGAAAGACUACAUCACUGCACAAGAAAGCACGCCUCUUCCAGAAGACAGCGCGAAUAUCGAGAAGGGCUUCUGGCGAGUCGCCAAGCCGCCUCACAAACACCGUUUCCUAUACCUCCAAGCAGACGGCUCUAAGAAGAACGGGAAUUCGAAGGAGGAAGAAGCCUCGCCUAUCAAAGAGCUCUUAGAAGAGUUCCUCCCAAGCCCGCAGUUCCGCCGCUGGCUGCAGAUAGCCACCCGCAGCGUGGUCGAGAGCCACGACUUCAUAGCUCGGCGCUUCCGACGCGGCAAAGACUACACGCUAGCGACGGGCCACGAGGGCAAGCCGCGCCUAGAACUCACCCUCGGCAUCACACCGACGAGCGGAUGGGGCGGCGCCGAAGACGAAGACGAGGACGAAGAUGACGCCUCUGCCGAAGAAGACGGCGGCGCUAAGUCUAACGGAAAGAGCAAAGGGAAAGGCAAGGCCGCAAAUAAGAAGAAGAACGGCAAGAAAGAACGCGAGGAAGAGAAAGAAGAGCCGGUCGAGGUCGGCGGCCACGAGGUGUACAUGGCGGGCGACGACGACGCGAACGAGGACGCGGCUAUAUACAAGUCGGGCAACGACGAUGACAAUAUCCUUACCUUCGAAGCUGCCACCUGGAACUCCAUGUCCUUGGUAUUGCGCGACAGCGGCGUUCUCAAGUUCGUCAAGUACGUAAGCCAAAAAGCUCCGGGCGACAGGUGGGAUAUCAGCGGCACUUUCGAGGUCGAAGAACUGGACGAUGAUGAUGAAGAGGACGAGGACGGUGGCGCGGCUAAUGGCGAGGGAGUAAUUGAUGAUACGGAGGAGGAGUGGAAUGGGUUUCCCUCUUCGUCGGAGAGCGAUUCCGAUUAAUUAGGUGACUUUACUGGGCUACGGGGAAGUGCGCGUGAACGAUUGACACCGAGAUACUAGAGACGAUAAGUGAUGACAAUGAUGACAAAAAUUUUUCAA